AUGGUUUCUAGCCUGCUUCCAAACCCCACCUCAGCUGAGUGUUGGGCGGCCCUUCUACACGAUCCUAUGACUCUUGAUAUGGACGCAGUCCUGUCAGACUUUGUUCGGUCCACGGGGGCAGAACCUGGUCUGGCCAGAGACCUGCUGGAAGGCAAAAACUGGGACCUGACGGCCGCUCUGAGUGACUAUGAGCAGCUCCGACAGGUGCACACAGCCAACCUGCCGCCUGUGUUCAACGAGGGCAGGUGCCCCAAGCAGCCCGAGCGAGAGCACCCCCCACCUGCGCACACGGCCGAACGGCCCUGCCCGCCCAGGCAGGACGACAUCGCCCAAGAGAAGCGACUCUCGCGCGGGAUCUCCCACGCCAGCUCAGCCAUCGUGUCCCUGGCGCGGUCCCACGUGGCGAGCGAGUGCAGCAGCGAGCAGUUUCCACUGGAGAUGCCCAUCUACACGUUCCAGCUGCCGGACCUGAGCGUGUACAGCGAGGACUUCCGGAGCUUCGUGGAGCGAGACUUGAUCGAGCAGGCGACAAUGGUGGCUCUGGAGCAGGCGGGUCGCCUGAACUGGUGGUCCACCGUGUGCACGAGCUGUAAACGGCUUCUUCCUUUGGCCACGACAGGGGACGGGAACUGCCUUUUACACGCUGCCUCACUGGGCAUGUGGGGCUUUCACGACCGGGACCUGGUUUUGCGGAAAGCUCUCUACACCAUGAUGAGGACGGGGGCCGAGAGGGAGGCCCUGAAGCGAAGAUGGAGGUGGCAGCAGACGCAGCAGAACAAGGAGGAAGAGUGGGAGCGAGAGUGGACAGAGCUGCUGAAGCUGGCCUCCAGCGAGCCACGCACGCACAUCAGCAAGCACGGCGGCUCGGGCGGGGGCAUGGACAACGCCGAGGACCCUGUGUACGAGAGUCUGGAGGAGUUCCACGUUUUCGUCCUUGCCCACAUAUUAAGGAGGCCCAUCGUCGUUGUAGCAGAUACGAUGCUGAGGGACUCAGGCGGGGAAGCAUUUGCUCCAAUCCCCUUCGGAGGGAUUUACCUGCCCUUGGAGGUGCCUCCCAACAGAUGCCACUGCUCACCUCUGGUUCUUGCCUACGACCAAGCGCAUUUCUCUGCCCUUGUGUCCAUGGAGCAGAGAGACCAGCAGAGAGAACAAGCCGUGAUCCCCCUGACGGAUUCAGAGCACAAGCUGCUGCCUCUGCACUUUGCGGUGGACCCCGGGAAGGACUGGGAGUGGGGGAAAGACGACAAUGAUAACGCCCGGCUGGCCCACCUGAUCCUGUCGCUAGAAGCCAAGCUGAACCUUCUGCACAGCUACAUGAAUGUGACGUGGAUCCGGAUCCCCUCUGAGACCCGGGCCCCUCUGGCGCAGCCGGAGUCCCCGACGGCCUCGGCGGGGGAGGACGUGCAGUCCCUGCCCGACUCGCUGGACUCGGACCGCGACUCGGUGUGCAGCAACUCCAACAGCAAUAACGGCAAGAAUGGCAAGGACAAGGAGAAGGAGAAGCAGCGCAAGGACAAGGACAAGACCCGCGCGGACUCUGUGGCCAACAAGCUGGGCAGCUUCAGCAAGACGCUGGGCAUCAAGCUGAAGAAGAAUAUGGGCGGCCUGGGCGGCCUGGUGCACGGCAAGAUGAGCCGCGCCAACUCCGCCAACGGCAAGCACAGCGACCCGCCCGAGCGCGGCAAGGAGAAGAAGGCCAAGGCGCGCAAGGGCAGCAAGGAGGAGUCGGGCGCCUCGGCCAGCACGUCGCCCUCGGAGAAGACCACGCCGUCGCCCACGGACAAGACGGCGGGCGCGUCGCCGGCCGACAAGGGCGGCGGGCCCCGCGGCGAUGCCUGGAAGUACAGCACGGACGUGAAGCUGAGCCUCAACAUCCUGCGCGCCGCCAUGCAGGGCGAGCGCAAGUUCAUAUUCGCCGGCCUGCUGCUCACCAGCCACCGGCACCAGUUCCACGAGGAGAUGAUCGGCUAUUACCUGACCAGCGCGCAGGAGCGCUUCAGCGCCGAGCAGGAGCAGCGGCGCCGCGAUGCCGCCGCCGCCGCCGCCGCCGCCUCCACGGCCAAGCGGCCGCCGCGCAGGCCAGAGGCCGAGGGCGCGCCGGGCCCGGAGCGCGCCUCGCCGGGCCCGCCGGCCGGGCCUCCCACGCAGCUGGCGGCCUCCCCGGGCCCCGGCGGCGGCGCGCGACGCGCGGGUGCCAGCGGACCGGUCCCGGGCCGCAGCCCCCCGGCGCCGGGGCGCCAGAGCGUCAUCCACGUGCAGGCGGCGGGCGCGCGGGACGAGGCGUGCGCCCCGGCCGUGGGCGCGCUGCGGCCGUGCGCCACGUACCCGCAGCAGAACCGCUCGCUGUCGUCGCAGAGCUACAGCCCGGCUCGCGCCGCUGCCCUGCGCACCGUCAACACGGUCGAGUCGCUGGCGCGCGCCGUCCCAAUAACCCUGCCCGGCGCGGCGGGGGCGGCGGGCGCGGCCGAGCCCAAGUCGCAGACCUACACCAACGGCUUCGGCGCGGCGCGCGACGGCCUGGAGUUUGCCGACGCCGACGCGCCGGCCGCGCGAUCGAACGGUGAGGGCGGCCGGGGCGGCCCCGGCGCGGGGCCGGCGCAGCGGCGCUGCCAGCGCGAGAACUGCGCGUUCUACGGACGCGCAGAGACCGAGCACUACUGCUCGUACUGCUACCGCGAGGAGCUGCGGCGGCGGCGCGAGGCGCGCGCGGCCCGGCCCUGAGCGCGCGCCGCGGCCCCGCCGGCUGGGCUGUCCUCUCCACGCUGUUGGUGUCUCCUCCGCGCCCUGGUCCACCGGGAGGCCGGCGAUCCUCUGUCCGUGCUGUGUACGUGUUUGGUCAAACGUUCCUAAUGGUGCCUGAACCUACACUGACGCCACUCAGGUAGUAGACGGAUAGGAAACAAGUCAUACUGUUGGAAGUGGGUGUGCUAGCUAGCAUCUGCCUCGUACCUGUGGAAACUCAAUAGCCAUUGCAAGGGUAUUUUUGUUCUUCAAUAAGAGAAAUAAAGAAAUUUGCAGCCCUUU